AGCGGGGAUAGCUCAGUUGGGAGAGCGUCAGACUGAAGAUCUGAAGGUCGCGUGUUCGAUCCACGCUCACCGCAUAAUUUUCUCUUUUUUCUUUCAUUCUCUAUUUUAUUUUAUACAAUUUUUUAUUUAUCUUCACUUCCAGCAAGCAAGCACAGAAAAUGUGUGGAACCGAACUCGCAAACCCCAAUCCAACAUGAAAACUGGCAUUCAUUCUUGUUUGAUUUUCAUGGUUCCGAUGGCGGAGUAAUCGAAUGGGCAGACUCGGAGGAACCGUGGUGAUGUCGUGGAACGUUUUCACAUUAUGUACGAGGCUACGAUGUCUGGGUUCCGUGAUGAUCCUCUUCGUCCUCGCAAUCAUAGCAUUCACCUACUACACUCUCGUCCUCGCUAUCUACGGACCCGCUCUCUUCCACGGUGGUGGCCUUCGUUCCUUAACCGCUUUCACCGUCCUUCUCCUCUUCCACGCUCUGCUGGUGAUGCUGUUAUGGAGCUACUUUGCUGUUGUUUUCACGGAUCCCGGGCGCGUGCCUGGGAAUUGGAGGCCUAAUAUUGACGAGGAGACGGGUGAUGUGGAUCCGCUGGUGGAGUCUUCUGGUUUGCCUUUGAAUGGGGCUGUUGGUGAGGAGGGAAUUCGGAGAAUUCGGUACUGUCGGAAGUGUGACCAGUUUAAACCUCCUCGUUGCCACCACUGUUCUGUCUGUGGGAGGUGUGUUCUGAAAAUGGACCAUCAUUGCAUUUGGGUUGUGAAUUGUGUGGGCGCAUUGAACUACAAGUAUUUUCUUCUUUUCUUGUUUUACACAUUCCUUGAGACAGCUCUUGUCACUUUAUCAUUAUUGCCAUAUUUUAUGGCAUUUUUUACUGAUGAAGAUAUUUCUGAACCAGUAACAACCCUUGCAGUGUCCUUUAUUGCAUUUGUUUUGAACUUAGCUUUUGUACUAAGUAUUUUGGGCUUCAUGAUUAUGCACAUUUCAUUUGUGGCAGCUAAUACUACUACCAUUGAGGCAUAUGAGACAAAAACUACUCUCAAGUGGCAUUAUGACCUAGGUUGGAGGAAAAAUUAUGAGCAGGUAUUCGGCACCGAUAAAAGGUACUGGUUCAUUCCUGCAUAUUCAGAAGAGGAUUUAAGGCGAAUACCAGCAUUACAGGGUCUUGAGUAUCCAACAGAGCCUGAUGCAGUAGCCCUCCAGCAGUUAUAACAAACAAGAUUUCAGCUAUGAUUGAAAAUCCAACCACCAUUUCUCCCUGCUAGAGUUUUUGAGCUAGUAGUUUGCAGUAGAUGUGAGUAUGGCUAUGGGAUGAAGAUAUAGUUGUUGGUUAAAUGUUAGCCCAUGUAAAUCAGUCAAUGGGAUGGGCAGUCAUUGCUAUGAACAAGAAGUGUGUUGAUUGUGUUUGGUUAUCCGCUCACAACAGUGCAGACUGCAGACAGACGUGCACAAAAUAUGAACAAAACUCUUGUUACAUGUAGGGUUGAAAGUUUGUUCACGUUGCUCUCAGCUGGUAUGUAAAUACAUACUAAGUCAUUUAGUUCUGGAGUCAGGAUGUCGUUCUUCUUGUUGUACUUUGAGUGUGGAGUUAAUUCAGCAUAUAUUGACACUGAGUAUUAGAAUCCAGCAGUUCUGAGUUCUCAUGUAUAUAUUGUGACUGUAUUUUCUUUCCCAGGCUAACUGAAUAGGAUGUAUUCAGCUCUGAUUUGUGAGGUUUCAAUUUUGGUGUGGCUUGUGAGGACUGUUAAAGGUAUAAGAAUGAUGGUUUAUACACUUAAGAGAGGUGAAGCUUCAAAAAGCAUCAAUGCAUCAUACAUGGUAAAGAUUUGCCAAAAAGAAAUUUUCAA